CGCGCGCGCGUUCGUGUGUGUACGGGACCUUAGCACCCCAACCGAGCCGAAUCGAACCGUAAAAGCAAUGAUGGGCUUCCAAUGGAAGAUGGGUGCCGAAGAACAACGAGAAGAAUCACUGACUGUGCGUGCAUCCACUGACUGAUCGUCCGUUAAUAUCGUUGAUAUGUACCAUAUGCCGCAAAAUGUGGUGGUGAACAAGGUAAAACAUUCCUAAGUUGCAUCCACGUUUCAGCAGCAUUAAAGCGUUCCCAAGCCGCCUUGGAAGAGAGCCUUCAGCAUGCUGCAGGAAGACAUGCGGGACAGGCUGGAAAUAUCGAUCGAUCUCGUCCAUGCACGCGCGCGCCACCUUCCCACCCGGGAGCACAUCGAGCUGCUGAACCACGCUUGCACUGGCGGAUCAAGAUUCUUCCCCUACCCCACUGGAACACGGUGCUUGCCUAGAUGGUCUAUUCAUACGGGAAAAGGAGAGGAAUUGGGAGGAAAGCAAAGAAACAGAAACCAACAUCAACCCAACGGACGCGCGUGCACCCGCCUGGGAGAGUGACAAAUAGUAGCAGUUGCCUACCUCUACUACUGUUGUGUGGCCACGACGAUUGUUUGUGUUUCUUUCUAACUUCUCUCUCUCUCUUUCUCUGUAUUACCCAUUCUCGAAGCAUGUUCUCGAAUGUUCUCUUUUUCUUUUUUUCUUUAUGUUUUUUCUUAUCACUGAUCCGUCUCCGUAAGUAAGAGAACCGUCUAGCAGCAGCACCGCACGGAUAUGGGAGCGAUCUUGCGAAGCUCAUCCCUUGCGACAGUGGUGGCAGUUGCGAUGACGCUCAGCUUGGGCAGGGUGAAGUGCGCUGGUUUGUUGGAAGAGUUUGAGCUCGUGAGACGGAAACGGUAGAUCGGUAUUUCCGGUCGUCGUAACCAUUAGCGGAACAGCUGAUGCUUAUCAACAGACAGAGAUGCUCAUCGAAGAGAGCUCGCCCAAAGAAGAAGCGAUCAAGAAGACCGGAACGGCUUGGCAGGAUUGAAGAUACUAUCGGUGCGGCUGGUGUAUUGUAAUAAUGUUGUUUUUAAGAUAUUUUUUAGUAUUUUUUGGGCUCCACAUGCCGCCAACACGAUUCCGACUGGGGGACAAUCGGUUUGUAGUGGGAGGAAAGUGUGUAGUCGGGUGCUGUUGGCCACUGCUACCGAUGAUACUGGACCAGCACUACAUCAACCUGAAGUCGCAGGUCAUCAAGGCGGAGCGGCGCGUGCUGAAGGAGCUCGGGUUCUGCGUGCACGUGAAGCACCCGCACAAGCUGAUCGUGAUGUACCUGAAGUACCUCGAGCUGGAAAAGCACCAGAACAUGAUGCAGAUGGCGUGGAACUUCAUGAACGACUCGUUCCGGACGGACGUGUUCGUGCGCUACCAGCCGGAAACGAUCGCGUGCGCGUGCAUCUAUCUGACCGCGCGCAAGCACAACAUUCCGCUGCCGAACAAUCCGCCGUGGUUCGUGAUAUUUCGCGUCAGCGAGGACGACAUGCUGGACGUCUGCUACCGCAUCAUGGCCCUGUACAAGCGGGGCAAACCGAACGCCGAGCUGCUGGAGGAAGCGGUCGAAGCGCUGAAGAAAAAGUACCAAGAGCAGCGCAAGAAGGACCGGCCCGAGGCGGCGCCGGCUCCGGCCCCGACCGUCAUUACGGUAGACCGGAACAACGGGUCGCACAACGCUUGGGGCGGGUUCAUUCAACGGGCCAUCCCACUGCCCCUGAAUCCAACUGGAGCGGCGGGCACUACGAACAGCAGCGCCAACAGUGGGACAGGCGGCGGAACUGCAGCGCCCACCAGUGGCAGCAAUGCGAACAGCACCGCCGGACUGAACAACAACGAGCCCGACACUGCCGGAGGAGGGACGGUGGGCGAUGGGAAGAAGCGCUCUUCGCGUUCGCGGUCUAAAUCGCUGUCGAAAUCAUCCCGCUCGAAAUCGCGCUCGUUGUCCCGCUCGGUGUCGCGGUCGCGAUCGCGCGGCUCCCGGUCCCGCUCCCGCACAUCACAGUCGCGCUCGCGCUCCAAAACGCGCACGUCCCGGUCGCGUUCGCGCAGUCCCACUUCCCGCUCGCGGUCACGUUCGCGCUCGCCUCACUCGCCGCACUAUUCCACCGACAAGAGUGGCGGCGGCGGCGGCACCAGAAGGACGUCGAAGAAGACGCGCCAUCGCUCGCGCUCGCCGGCGAAGGUGUCGUCCUCGGGCAAGAAGAAAUCCUCCCGCCACUACUCGUCCCGUUCGCCAUCGCCCGACUCGCCGCAAAAGUACAAAAAGAGUGACAAAAAAUACGAUCGUCGCUCGGGCAAGGAGGACCGAAACAAUGACAAUCGCUACACUAACGGCGCAGAUCGUGAUCGCGGCGAUCGCUCGAAGGGAAUGAACCACACCAACUCGUUCGUGGUGGAACACUCUCGCCGGGACCGCGAUCGCGACCGUGAUCGAAUGCGAUCGGACAGUGGCAAGGUAGGUGGCGGUGGUGGUGGGUACGAUCGAGACGACUACAGGCGUACCGAGAAGGAUUACCGGGGCAAUGGAAAGCACGACAAGUAUGGCUCUAGUCGCCAUAGCGAUAGCAGCAGUCGACAUCGGUCAUCCAAGCACGAACGCGAUCGAUCACGCGACCGUGAUCGAGACCGUCGGCGAUAGAAACAAUUGAAAGAGAAAGAUAGAGAGAGAGAGAGCAAGAAUUAGACAGAAGUUAUUACAUGCUGCCAUGUCUGUACGAGUAAAUUAUACACAGUUGCAUUCACAACUCUCCAGUGUGAUGGAAUUACAAAGACAAAAUACACAAACACACUCAUCCCCCACUUAAACAUGUCCGGCACACACUCAAAAUCGAGCCGAAAGGAUGUGUGCCGAAGUAGCUUUAAUUUUUCUGGCCCUCGGGUGGCCAUUUACAGAAUACCGGUAUUCAAUCGUGCAUCGACUCUGUUCUUCUUCUUUUAGUUUUUAGAAAUUUUAGUUGUUUUUUUUUGUACAAUUUUUACCAACACACCACGAUCUGAUGUGGGAUAGUUAGAGGCAAAGUCAGACACACCGUGGUGUAAGGAUGAUAAUGAUUCAUUCAUUAGCCAACGCUGACACGAGAACUGAAAAUGGAAAGCGUUAGUGUGUGUGUGUAGCAUUAUUAUCACGACGAUUGGUGAAAUUUACUAAAAGAAAGUAAUAGAGCAAGGAGUGUAAAAAUAGAUUUUAAACUAAAUAAUGAUAACGACCAGCAAGGAGUUAAAAUGAAAUCGGAAUUGGAGAAAGAACAGUCCUUCCUAUAUGGCAGCGGACACGUGAUGGGUUCAAAUAAAGAAGUUAAAACUGUUAUUUACAAUCUA